AUGGCCCACCAAGCUGCUCGUCUCUCGAUCAUCUUCCUAUCCGCGCUCUCCAUCUGCGCAGUCCCGUCGUAUUCCGAUGACACGGCGUACGCCAAAUCCCUCCUCAAAUUCAAGCAAUCCCUAACCGACACCUCGUCUGCACUCGCCAGCUGGCGCGAGCCACUCGACUCCUCGCUGUGUACCCACAACAAACCCAACUGGGCCGGCCUGCUCUGCUCCAACGGCUCCCUAAUUGGGCUCAGGCUUGAGAACAUGGGCCUCCGCGGAGAAAUCAACUUGGGCCCACUUACCGAGCUGCCCCUUCUCACCCUAAGCUUCAUGCACAACAAUCUCUCGGGCAGUUUCCCGGGCGGCUUGAGGCGGCUCGGGAGGCUGAGGAGCCUUUUCCUUGCGAACAAUGGGUUCGGAGGGGAAAUUCCGAACGACUCGUUUGAAGGGAUGAGGGGAAUGAGAAGAGUUGUUUUGGGGGCUAACUCUUUUAGCGGGAAAAUACCGAGCUCGUUGCUCGGGUUGCCGAGGCUCGUGGAUUUGCAGCUGCAGGAAAACGGGUUUGUGGGUCGGGUGCCCGAUUUUCGGCAGGCGGGUUUGGUUGUGAACUUUUCGAAUAAUCGUCUCGAGGGCGGCAUACCGGUUGGACUUGAGAAUCAGAAUGCAAGCUCAUUUUUAGGAAACAUCAAACUUUGUGGCAAGCCCUUGAAACCAUGCAAAGCAAACGGCUUAAACAAGAACAAAAUCGCACUCACGACUGCCGCCGUCGCAAUAGUCGCACUUUUGUUCCUAGCGAUUCUCUUCCUCCGGCGAAAGCGCUCAAAACCCCUAAAAUACCAAAAAUCCCUAGAAACCGCUCGCAGAAACGGCGGCGGCGGCGCCUCAUCCGCCGGCCGGAAAAGCGGCGAGUACGGCAAGCUGUACUUCGUGCGGGGCGAUAGGGAGAGGUUCUCCCUGGGCGAGCUUCUGAAGGCGCCGGCCGAGAUUCUGGGCAGCGGGAGCUUCGGCUCGUCGUACAAGGCGACGCUUACCGGCGGCCAGAGCUACGUCGUGCGGAGGUUCAGGCAGAUGGGAAACGCCGGGAAGGAGGAGUUUUACGGGCACAUGAGGCGGCUCGGGCGGCUGUCGCACCGGAAUCUGGUGCCGGUCGUGGGGUUUUAUUACAGGAAGGAGGAGAAGCUCCUGAUUGCUGAUUUCGUGGAGAAUGGGAGCUUGGCCAGUCACCUCCAUGGCAAAAGAACUCCCAACCAACCAAGCCUCGACUGGCCCACACGCCUGAAAAUCAUCAAGGGCAUUGCACGAGGCCUAAGCUACCUCUACAAAGAACUCCCGAAUCUCACACUUCCCCACGGCCAUCUCAAGUCAUCAAACAUCCUUCUCGAUCCCACAUACGAACCUCUUCUAUCCGACUACUCGCUUGCACCACUCAUCAACAAAGACCACGCGCACAAUUUCAUGGUGGCCCACAAAUCACCCGAGUCGACUCAGCUCGACCGGGUGACUCGAAAGACCGAUGUAUGGAGUUUAGGGAUACUAAUACUUGAGCUCCUCACCGGUCGUUUUCCAGCAAACUACUUGAAAUGGGGCCGCGGGCCCAGCUCAGACCUUGCCACAUGGGUCGACUCGGUUUUGAGGGAAGAUUGGUCGGGCGAGGUAUUUGAUAAGGGCAUAAUGGGUAAUUUGGGGAGUAAUAAUAGUGAGGGUCAAAUGGUGAAGCUUUUAAAGAUUGGUAUGUGUUGUUGUGAGUGGGAUGUGGAGAAAAGGUGGGAUUUGAGAGAGGCUGUCGAGAGGAUUGAGGAGUUGAAGGAAAUCGAUGAGAAUCAAAUUGUGGAGAAGAAUGGAGAAUUGAAAGAAAAGGAUGUGGUAAUUGCUGAAAUGGAGAAGCUAAUCAAAGAAAAAUCAGAUAGCAUUGUAACUCUGGAGAGUGAAAUUGCCUCACGACAAGAAAAUGGAAAUUCAGAUGCUGAUGUGCAGCUGGGAAAGUCAAAUGCAAAGAUUGGUGAAUUAGAAAAGCAGGUGGAGAAACUCACAAAGGAUCUCGAAGUGAAAAUCAAGGAAAAGGAGCAACUGGAAGCCCGACUAACAGAAGCUGAGAAAAAGGCUUCUGAAUUGAAUACCAAAGUUAAUAGCCUUCAAAAGAUAAUUGACAACCAGAAGUCCAAGUUACAGAAAACCGAACGGGCUCUUCAAAUUGCUGAGGAAGAAAUGAUGAACACAAAGUUUGAGGUGGCAUCCAAAACGAAGGAGUUGAUGGAGGUUCAUGGUGCUUGGUUUCCACCGUGGCUUGCUGCUCAUUUAAUUUAUUAUCAGGCACAUUUAAAGACGAAUUGGAACAUUCAUGGGAAGCCUACUUUCGACCUUUUGAUGCAAAAGGCUGUUGAGAAGAAAGCCCAAGCCGAAGAUUGGGCUGCGCCACAUGUGAAAGCCAUGAAAACUAAAGCACCGGUGGUUAAGGAAAAAUUGACGGUUAUUGCAAGUAAUGUUCAACCGCACGUGCAAAUACUAACAACAAAAUCCAUCGAGAUAUAUAAAUCAUCUAAGAAUGCAUUAUCUCCACAUAUCACUCGAGUUUUGGAACUUGUUGAUCCAUAUUUUCAGGAUUUGAGGAAAAUUAGUAACCCAUAUAUUGAUCGGGUAGCCGAUUCAGCUAGGCCUCAUGUUGACAAAUUACGUGCCGUUUUGAAGCCCUACACAGAAAAGGGAGCUCAAGUGUCUGGAAAAUUCCUUGAAUCGGCAAAAAUAUACCAUCAUCGCGUUCAAGACAAGGUUCAGGAGAAACUCAAGUCUCAUGAACUUACAGUGCCUUUGGCAACAAAAGAACUCGUUUGGUUUUCUGCAUCUGCCUUGCUGGCUUUGCCCGUCAUUUUCCUCAUGAAAAUAUGUUCAGCCAUCUUUUGUAGAAAGGCGCCAAGACCGACUCGAAAUGUUAACAGAGAUCGUGGGAAAGCAAAUUAGUCGAGACCUGAAAAGCUAAUUGCCACUCGAUGUCGACUAUUGUCACUCACCCGAUCCCAUACAGCUAUAGUGUAAUCGUUUGUACCUGUAAAAAGAAGUCGAUCAUUGAAUUUGUAGCCGCUCGUUUCUUUGUUUCUUUCUUUUUUAUGUGUGUAUAAUUUUCUUGGAGUCGGCAUUAUAGAUUAAGUUAAUGGAGGUUUUUAGGGUUUUUGUCCUCGGUAUAUAUAAGAUGUAGCCCUUGUUGUUUAAUCUUAGACAAGUUGAUGUGUAAUAUUUUAUCAAUAAAAAUACUAAUUUACUAUUGAAAACUAUAUUUUUA